CGAUGAUCGUGCGGUUCCUGACGAAGCGGUUCAUCGGGGACUAUGAGCCCAACACAGGCAACCUCUACUCCAGGCUGGUCCAUCUGGAGGGGGACCGUGUUGCCGUGCAGAUCCAAGACACGCCGGGGUGCAUCCAGGUGCAGGAAGACUGUGCACAGAUGCUGGACUCCCUGUCCAGGUGUGUGAAGUGGGCAGAGGGCUUCCUCCUGGUCUACUCCAUCACAGACUACAGCAGCUACCAGUCAGUCCGACCUCUCUACCAACACAUACGCAAGGUCCACCCAGAUGCCAGGACUCCCAUCAUUAUUGUGGGGAACAAAGCAGACCUCCUUCAUGCCAGGCAAGUAGAGGCAAAAGAGGGACUACAGCUAGCAAGUGAACUGGGCAGCCUGUUCUUGGAAAUCUCCACAAGUGAUGACUCCCAAGGCGUUUGUGAUGUUUUCCAGUAUCUUUGCAAGGAGGUCAGCAAAGCCCAGCACGCUGGCAGCACGGAUAGGAGGCGAUCAUCCAUCAUCCCUCGACCCAAAUCUCCCAACAUGCAAGAUCUAAAGAGACGUUUCAAACAGGCCUUAUCUUCCAAAGUCAAAUAACCCCCCCAUGUGACUCAAUAGACUUUAUUUUUAUAAGCCAGUUAAUAAAAAUAUUUAUUUUUGUACU